AUGGAGCUUAGUACAGCACCUACUGAUGUUAAGAUUUACACAAAAUCGGAGUCUUACGUAGGGCUCUGCCUAGCAAUUAGUUCGUCGAUAUUUAUAGGCUCCAGUUUCAUAGUUAAAAAGCUUUCUUUAAUAAGGCUUAAUAAGCGAGGAAGUGUUAGAGCUGGCGCUGGAGGCUUUGGAUACUUAACAGAUUGGAUGUGGUGGUUAGGCCUAUUGUUGAUGGGAAUUGGAGAAUUUGCCAACUUCGCAGCGUACACCUUUGCACCAGCUUCACUUGUUACCCCAUUAGGCGCUUUAAGUGUUUUAGUUGCAGCUGUUUUGGCUUCUAAAUUUCUAAAUGAGAAAAUCAACAUAUUUGGAAAGUUGGGCUGUGUAUUAUGUAUAUUAGGAUCAACGAUACUGAUUAUACAUUCCCCCAAAGAUGAUACGAUAGCCUCGAUAGAUGAACUGCUCAAUCGUGCCCAGAAUACCGCAUUUAUCAACUAUAUAAUUACCAUUACAAUUAUGGUAUUUUUAAUUUUGGUUGUCUUCGGCCCGAAAUAUGGUAAUCGACAUGUUGUAGUAUAUUUAACAUUAUGUUCUGCAGUUGGUAGCUUCACUGUGAUGGCUUGCAAGGCGUUAGGAAUGAGCAUUAAGGAAAACGCAGCCUUACAUAUUAAUCAACCAGCAAACUACUGGUUGCCAUUCGCGCUAUUCAUCAUUGUACUUCUAUGCGUUUGUUUACAAAUGAACUACCUAAACAAAUCGCUUGAUCUCUUUAGCACUAGUGUAGUAACGCCAAUAUACUACGUUCUUUUUACUACUCUAGUCAUUAUAGCAUCGUCAAUUUUGUUCGAAGAGUGGAAGGUGAUGAGCGGUGUCGACAUGCUCGGUGCCGUGUGCGGAUUCCUGGUUACUGUCGUCGCCAUAUUUCUUUUACAUGCCUUCAAAGAUACUACAAAUGGACAAAUGGUUCAGAGAACUAAUUCUGUACAAAGCGGAUCUCUUGGUAGCUAUGGAGCUAGGUCUGUUUAA